GACCUCAUCCAAGAACUUGGAGGCGCCGAAGCUCACAAUGUCUCGAAAUUUCUCUGACAUGGGCAACAAGAAAGAACAUGUUAAAAUCACAAGUGAGAGGAAGCCGGGGUUUCUGGAGCGCCUCAGUGAGACAUCUGGGGGGAUGCUCAUUGGGCUUGCCACUUUUGCAAUGUCUUUCUACAUUCUCUUUACCAAUGAGGGCCGAGCUUUGAAGACAGCCACCUCUCUUAAUGAAGGGCUUUCUCUGGUGGUCCCACUCGACAACAUCCAGAGUAUAUUACAAGAGAAUGACCAUAAACUCGUGCACCUGUCAGGCCCCCUUAGAACAUCAAAGCCUUUGUAUGAUCCCAGCUACGGGCUCUCCAUUCGCGCUGUCAAGCUUAAACGUCAUGUGGAAAUGUAUCAGUGGGUAGAAUAUGAAGAAUCCAAGGAUUAUGAAGAGAAUGGUGAGCUCAAGAAAGAAACAAGAUACUCAUACAAUAACGAAUGGAAAUCAGAAGUUGUGAACAGCAGAAACUUUGAUCGAGAAAUUGGCCAUAAAAACCCCAGUGCCAUGGCUGUUGAAUCUUUCACUGCAGUUGCUCCUGAUGUCCAAGUGGGCAGUUUUUUUCUUUCCAAAGGCCUCAUUGAGAAGAUCGAUAACUUCAAACAGAUGAGCUUGUCGAAACUGGAAGAUCCACAUGCUGAUGUGAUCCGCUCCGGGGAUUACUUCUUUCACAGUGAGAAUCCUCGACGUCCAGAAGUUGGAGACCUUCGUGUUUCCUUCUUUUAUUCGGGUUUGAGUGGAGACUCAUCCCACUUGGGGCCAGCAGAUAUGGUGACAAUAAUUGCUCGGCAACGAGGGGACCACUUGGUUUCAUACAAAACCAAAUCUGGGGAUGCUCUGGAGAUUCUUUAUCCUGAGGAGCUUUCCGCUGAGGAGGUGUUCCAGAAGGAGCAUGAGAGUAACAGCCUGAAGACCUGGGGUCUACGUGGAGCCGGCUGGCUAGCUAUGUUUGUUGGCAUCAACCUCAUGAUGAGAAUUUUUUACACCCUGGUGGAUUGGUUUCCAGUAGUCCGGGAGCUGGUUAACAUCGGCCUGAAAGCCUUUGCCUUUUGUGUGGCCACCUCGUUAUCCCUGCUGACUAUUUCAGUGGGGUGGUUCUUCUACCGGCCACUCUGGGCGAUCCUGAUUGGGUUGCUGGCUGCGGUUCCCAUUGUGAUUGCCAGGUCCAGAGUUCCACCCAAGAAGCAGCAGUAACAGGGCGAAGGACAUGGCCUCUCUUUGCGCCUGAAUCCCUUUGGAACUUUGACACAUCCAGAGCAUCCAUCCAGCUUGAACCCAUUAUCACUGUCCUCUGUGUGUGUGUGUGUUAAAAACAAAACUUGACAAUGC